UUUUUCUUUUUUUUCUCCUCUCCUACUUGUUUGUGAUCUCUUUCUUUCUUUCUUUCUUUCUGCAACUCUCUCAUGUAUGUUGAUGUGAUUCUCCACCCAAAUACACACUCACCACUCCAAAGAACCCAUCAAACUUUUACAAAAGAGAAAGCUCUCUCUCUCUUUUUCUUUCUCUCUCUCUAAUUAAGAGUAGUAGGAGCCAUGGUCUUCCCUUCUCUUCCAAUCUAUCUUGAUCCACCCAACUGGUCACAACAGGCUAAUCAGCAAUUAGGAAUUGGCUCUCAAAAUCUUCCAGUUCCGCCAAUUUUACAGCCACCUCCUCCAACGAUUACAUCAUCAGUAGUCGUUGGAGGUGGUGGCUACCAGGGCUCUAUUCGACCAGGAUCAAUGGCGGAUAGAGCCAGGCUGGCAAAGAUACAUCAACCUGAUGUAUCACUCAAGUGUCCGAGGUGCGAAUCCACGAACACCAAGUUCUGUUACUACAACAACUACAGCCUCUCGCAGCCUCGCCACUUCUGCAAGACUUGCCGCCGGUACUGGACGAGAGGCGGCGCACUGAGGAAUGUUCCGGUCGGCGGCGGAUGCAGAAGGAAUAAGAGAAGCAAAGGAACAACAAACACCAACACCAACAGAUCUAGGUCUCCUUUGAAAUCUGAUCAUCAUCAUCAUCAUCAUCAUUUGAAUCUGCAUGGUGGUGCAGUUGGAGGUUCUAGCUCUGCAAGUGGCAACUCUUCUUCAAGUGGCCGCAAUAAUAGUAACAGCAACAACAACAAUAAUGAUCUGAAUGUGAUGAAUCAUAUGCAAACUCCACCACCAACCCAUCAUCAUCAUCAAUUUCCGUUCUUGCCAACAACAACUUUGCAUCACUAUAGUAGUGAUCAUGCAUCAUCACUUCUUUUUGGCCCAAACCCUCCUUCAUCUUCUUUGUUGGUUAGAAAUGGUGGCAACACAGGUAGUGAUGGCGAGUUUCAAAUUGGAGCUAAUAGCAAUAACAAUGGUGGUUCUGGUUCUGUGUUACAGCAAUGGAGGCUACCAAGUUUGCAACAGUUCCCUAAUUUCCUGAGUAAUUUGGAACCGCCACAACCACAACCGCAACCGCCACAAAUCGGUUUGUUUCAUCAAUUUGAUCAAGAAAAUGGUGAAUAUGUGAGGGACCAUCAUGGAGGUAGGUUUCGUUGUUCUAGUAAUAGUAACAUUAAUAAGACAAUGGCUGAUGAUUCUAGUGUUGUCGUUGUUGGUGGAAUGAUACCUCAUCAUCAUGAGGUUAACAAUAAUUCGGUGAAAAUGGAAGAGAAUAAUAAUAGUAAAAAUAAUAAUCAAGGAGGGUUGAGUUUAUUUUCUAAGAACAAUGUUUUGGGUAGCAAUGAUCUAUUUUGGAGUAGUAGUAAUGGUGGAAGUGGCAAUGUUAAUGCAUGGAAUGAAGCUCCUAGUUUCGCUUCGCCAACAAAUCAGUUAUUGUGACAGAGAAA